UCGACACCGCUGACCCAGAAAAAAUUACGCUGGUUUUGUUGUGUGAAAAUAUAUAGAUCCCUCACUUACCUGAAGUGGAGUGCAGCUUCAUACAUCGUCAAGAAAGACUUUUUACAAAAUGGCUGGAGAUAAAAUGAAACUUUACUGGAUUUCUGGAAGCACGCCCUGUUGGAGAGUACUGAUAGUACUUGAAGAGAAGUGCCUUCAAAAUUACAAACAGAAACAGGUGGACUUCGUGAAACAGGAGCAGAAGGGUGAAGAGAUCGUCAGCCGUAACCCCAGAGGGCAGGUACCGACGUUUGAAGACGAUGGUGUAAACAUCUGUGAAUCUCAUGCGAUUUGUGACUAUCUCGAGAGAUGUUAUGGUGACUGUGGCAAGAGGCUUAUCCCUAAAGAAAGGGCAGUUAUGUCACAGGUAUUACAGCGAAUGCACGAGGCACACAACAACUUCCAGCAAGCGGUGAUAGAAAACAUCAUCUAUUAUUGUAUGAAGACGGACCAAACAAAAUGGGAUAAGGACCUGCUAGAAACAAAAUUUGAAUUUGCAAGAAAUGAACUGAAUCGUUGGGAGGCAUACCUAACAAAGGUCCACGAGGCAGGCAACGACUACAUCGUGGGGGACGAUUUCACAAUGGCGGAUGUGUACCUUUACCCGCACGUGGCGUUCUGUGUGCGAUUCGGACUCGACAUAUCGAAGUAUCCUGAACUGAUGAAAUAUUAUAACACGCUGGCUCAGCGACCUAGCAUUCACAAAACAUGGCCGCCAUCAUGGAAAAAAACAAACGACAGGUUUGGCUUCCUUGAUAAACUCUGAUCGACCGUGAUAAGGAUGUUGUCAGCACGGAAAUCACGCCCGGAUAUCAACAAAAAAGUUUUGGUACAAAACCCAAUUAUCAAAUAUACUAAAUUUGUAAUAAUGGAGUAUAAUGUUGAUAAGGGGUUCUAUCGGCAGCUGUGCUGAAAUCAUGUGUUUUACUUCAUUAGCAGGGUAUUCUUCAGCAAGGGCCUUGUAUUUAGGUCGAUAUGACCACAUACACAUUAAAUAUGUAAAAGUGCCAUAUGAAUCAUUUUUUCAAUAUUCGUGAUUGAAUAUAUUAAGUAUUUCUGUUAGUUUUAAAUUAACAGUGUGACCAAGGUUAUUUUUUGUUUAUCUUUUGGCUCAACAUCCAUUGAGUUAUAUCAUCAUUGAAAUAUUUAUGAAAUAAACUUUCGUUUAUUCAGAAAACAAAAACUAUUUAUGUAAAUUGAUUAUCAUUAUUAUAGAUAAUCAAGUUCGUUUGUUAUUACAUACAGAGGAAUGCCAUUGAGGAUAUAUUUUAAUUUACAAAGUUCCGGUGUUUUAUCGCAAACCUUAACACUUAUUUACAGAAUAAUUGCAAUCGAAAAUUCAAUUAAUCCUGUUCCUGUUCAAAAAGUGCUAAAUUAUUGAAUAGUGAGAACUGAUGUCUUCUGACUCCGUUUUUCUUGUUAAGCGGUACUUGUCAGGAAGAUUACCAAAAACCAGGUAGACCAAUUGGUUUGAGUGUCCGACUAGAGUUCGGAGGGUCCCUAGGUUCGAAUCCCGGUCUGGCCGUGCCUUUUUAUAUUUCCUAUUACAAUGUACGCGGCCAUACCUAGAAACUAUUUGCUAGUUAAACUGGCGGUUCUUAGCUUGAAUUGUUUGGUAAGAUUACAUAACUAGUUACACUGGUGGUAAUUAACUUGAAAUGUCUGUAAAAACACGAUCGUUUACUAGUUUUCUCAGGAAAAUUAGACAAUUAGGCCAGCCAUUAAUAUAAAAUAAAUUGUAUUUUUUGCUCGGUCAAAAAUAAAUAUAUAAUAUCAAGUAUAUGAAUAGUUUCAUCCUUUGACAUUAUCAUCAAAGCUAUUUAUGAUAACUUUUUCUGUCAAUGUGUGCCCACUUAUUAUGCAAUUAUUUUUUAUAUUCAUUAUUAUGUCA